AUGCCAAGUCCACUGCUUGAACUGCAGUCGUAUCGGGAGUAUAAUAUUCAAUUGAAGGCGGUGAUUGGCCAUAGAAAGCCUGAUAUGGAGACGUUUAAUGGAGGAGUGGUAAGUGGAGUUGUACCACCACUCUGCUCACGGAAGCCAUUGUACCCAGGUGUGUGGUUUGUCCCGCACAUAGCAUCUCAGGUAGUGUUCUAG